AUGCAAUCACCGUUUACGCGGUCAAAGAAACUGAAACGAACACCAGAAAAACAAUCGACAUCUCAUUCUCUAGAACCAACACAGCAACAACAGAAAGUAAAGAAAGAUUCCAACAAAAUGGAUGCUCAGUUGAAGGUUUUAGUGAAGCAACGCGAGGCAGUGCGUCGAAAGCUAAGUCGUGUGAGUGCAGCCUUGUGUGAUAGCGAUGAACAACCCAACACCAACGUAAAAAACGUGCGCUUCCUUCAGCUCCAAGAAAAGGCUUUAGCAAACGUGUACAACGAAUGCAAUGAAGUGCAGAAUAAAAUCUACGAACUACCGCUCUCUGAAGCCGAUGACGAAGAGCAGAACGAUCAGUACAUCGAGUUUGAGAAAGUGUUUAACGAAGUUUCGCUGAAGUUGAGCAUGUGUUUAGAUUCCGUGCCCAAAAUGGAGGCAGCAGCUCCAGUUGUGCCAUCGAUCCUGCCGCAAGCUCAGCCCUACCUUCCACCGUUGAAAGUGCCCUUACCGACGUUCGAUGGAUCGUAUGAGAAGUGGUACUCAUUCAAGGCUAUGUUUACUACCGUAAUGAAUCGAUACCAGCAGGAAGAACCAGCCCUGAAAUUGUUCCAUCUCCGGAACAGUCUGGUCGGAAAGGCGGCAGGUAUCAUCGACGACGAGCUAGUAAACAACAACGAUUAUGAAGCAGCUUGGAAGAUCCUUACGCAACGUUACGAGGAUAAACGGGUUGUCGUAGACAAACACAUAGAAAACCUCUUCGGUCUAACCAAAGUCAGUCGCGACAAUGCAGCAAACUUGCGUAAGGUGAUCGACACCUGUACUAAAAACGUCGAGGCAUUGAAAAAUCAUAGUUUUCCGGUAGAUGGUCUUGGUGAACAAAUGCUGGUAAACCUUAUAGCCAACAAGUUGGAUAAGAAACUAAGGGUUGCGUGGGAAACUAAACAAAAGAAAAACGUGUUUUCAACUUACGCUACAUUGAUCGAGUUUUUGGAGGAGCAAUGUAGAAUUUCAGAGAAGAUAGACACCGGCGUGAAACCUUCGACGGAAGCUGCGAAGCCAAGGGCAGUGGCAAAAACGCUAGUUGUCGGUGAAUCUCAGCAACAGGAAAAGUGUCCAAUAUGCAGCGCCAUGCAUGAACUAAGACACUGUGAGCUUUUCAAGCAGAAGAGUGUCAGUGAAAGGCACGAAAUAGUGAAACGGUGUGGCGCUUGCUUCAACUGUUUAUCGAAUGGUCACCGCAUCCGAGCAUGUCAGUCUGGUUCUUGCCGUCGAUGUGGCAAGAAACAUCACAGCUUACUCCACGAAGACAACCCUAGCCAUGUUCCCGCUAGUGUAGCGCCAACGUUCGUGCCUGCUGAAGCUCCGACCACCUUGUGUGCAAAAGAAGUGGAACCGGAAAGACAAACCGUGCUCUCGACCGCAGUUGUUUUAGUAGACGGUUUGUGUAGUACGCCAUACCCGUGCCGAGCAAUUCUGGAUUCUGCAUCACAACUAAACUUUGUCACCGAACGAUUUGCUAACCUUCUCUCGAUAAAAAUGGAAACCACGGACGUCAUCGUAAGUAGUUUAAAUGGUAAUAAAACACGUUUAAACCGUAGGUUGCGCACGACGAUCAGGUCUCGUGCCGGAGACAUUGUUGCUGAACUGGAUUUUCUAGUGACCCCACGAAUCACUGGUGAACUUCCAUCGAAGUCUUUUGACAUAUCACAGUGGCCCAUCUCGAGCGAACAGGUGCUGGCCGACCCUACCUUCAACAGAAGAGGACCUGUCGAUAUGCUGAUUGGCGCCGAUUGUUUUUGGAAUUUGAUGCAAGAUGGCCGAUGCGAACUCGGUCCUAAUCGACCUGUGCUGCGAUACACGAAGCUAGGUUGGAUAGCCGGCGGUGUGAUUGCGAGUGAUACGACGAUCGUUGCGCGCACACUUUGCCAUACUGCUGACGAUGAGCCGCUCAUCGAUCUACUGAGGAACUUCUACAAGGUAGAAUCCUGCGACGAGCCCCGCUCUUCUCCGAAGGCGGACGAAGAGGUGUGUCUGGAACAUUUCCAACGCACUCACGAGCGAACUGCGGAGGGUCGGUAUGUGGUUCGACAUCCCUUCAACGAACGUAAGGGCGAGUUAGGAGACUCGCGUGAAACAGCGCUGCGACGUUUUCUGGCUCUGGAGAAAAAACUCGACAAGCAGCCGGACCUAAAGGAGCAAUACUCGCAGUUCAUCCGAGAGUACGAGAAACUCGGACACAUGCGCGAGAUUGUGGAAGCACCGAACGAGGAUCCAGGGUCGGUGUUUUAUCUACCUCAUCACUGCGUGCUGAGGCCUUCAAGCACGACAACUAAACUCCGAGUCGUGUUUGACGGGUCGGCGAAGACGUCAACAGGUGUUUCGAUAAACGACGUCUUGAUGACUGGACCAACAGUCCAGAACGACCUCACUGCAAUUUUGCUUCGUUUCAGAGGUUUUAGAUACGUCUUCACACUCGAUAUUCCGAAGAUGUUUCGUCAGGUGAUCGUCCAUCCGGAAGACACUAGGUACCAGCGAAUCUUUUGGAGAUACAAUCGGAACGAUCCAAUUACAGUAAGAGAGCUGCUCACGGUUACGUAUGGCUUGGGACCCUCUCCAUUCCAAGCAACCAUGGCGCUCAAACAAGCUGCAAACGAUCAUCAGGAUGAGUUCCCGAGGGCUGCCGAGGUGGUCAACAGAGGAACAUAUAUGGACGAUACACUGACGGGCGCCAAUACACUUGCGGAAGCAUGCCAACUACAACGAGAUGUGACAAAAUUGCUAGCGAAAGCUUGUUUCAGCGCUCAUAAGUGGUGUGCUAAUCAUUCCGAUAUCGUUGCAGGAGUAGCAGAAGAUUUACGAGGAAAUUCUUUUGAGGUUACCGACAACACCUGCAAGACGACCGUUAAGACGUUAGGCAUUACAUGGAAUCCGUUUGAGGAUUGGUUUUCGGUAUCCGUUCCUGACUUCGACAACCUAGAAGGAAUGACUCGUAGAAGACUUCUGAGUCAGCUGGCCAAGAUUUUCGACCCGCUUGGAUUCUUUGGGCCAGUAAUUACAUAUGCUAAGCUGAUACUACGUGAGGUCGGCGAACUGAAAAUCGAAUGGGAUGACCCAGUCCCAACCGAAGUCAACGAGAAGUGGCAACACUUCCGAACCGAGAUGACAGCGCUGAGGGAAGUCCGAGUUCCAAGAUGGAUUUCCUGGGAGGAUGUGCUCAAGUUGGAACUGCAAGGGUUCGCUGACGCAUCCGACCAAGCCUAUGGUGCAUGUUUGUACAUACAGGGAUCUUUUGCCAACGAGGAGUCCAGGAUGCAACUGAUUUGCAGUAAGUCCCGAAUUCUACCGAAGAAGAGAAAUCCGAAGGAGAAGGCCAUUACGACCCCUCGAGCUGAACUAUUGGCGGCACUGUUACUAGCAAGAAUGGUCGUAAAGUUCCUGAAUGCUACGGAGCUUCAAAUUGAGUCUGUUCACCUAUGGAGCGAUUCAAAAAUCGUCUUGUCUUGGCUUAAGAAACCACCGGAGCUCCUGCAGACGUACGUUUCAAAUCGGGUAAGGGAGAUUCAACAACUCGACCAAUCAUUCCACUGGCAUUACAUUUCCACUUACGAGAAUCCAGCCGAUUUGAUUUCCCGUGGAGUCACGCCUAAGAAAUUGAUUAGUUCAACGAUGUGGUGGCAACCGUGGCCACUGCAACUCAUCACCAAGAAUGCGGACGAAUUGGAAAUACCAGACAACGAGCUACCAGAAAUGCGAUCUGGAGUGACGUUGACCAUGACUGUUCCUUUCGAACGUUUCGCGAUGUUUGAGAGGUUGAGCAGUUUUACAAAAAUGGUUAGGAGUAUGGCCUACUUGGUGCGUUUUGCUAGGUUCAUCAAGUCACGCAAAACGGAGCUGGUAAAGGGUCGACUCACAGCGAUAGAGAUGCGUACAGCGACGUACGUAAUUGUGCGGAUGGUUCAACGCGAAGCUUUCCAGCCAGAUAUCCUCGCGCUGAUGGACGGUGCAAACAAAAACCGUCGACUAAAUGGACUGAAGGCGUUUUGGGAUCCCGACGAUGGCAUUUUACGAGUAGGGGGUAGAAUCAAGCGAGCUCUCAUACCAUACGAUAGUCGUCACCAGAUGCUGCUACCAGCUAAGCAUCCUGUCACCGAGGCACUUAUUCGUGAACUACACAACGACAACUUGCACAUCGGACAAAGAGGUUUGCUUGCAGUUGUACGUCAACGGUACUGGCCACUGAAUGUGAAGAGCAUCAUCCGUAAGGUAAUACGAAAAUGUAUCGUAUGCUUCAAGGCAAAUCCAUUGAAGACGACGCAGAUAAUGGGUGAUUUGCCGUCGUAUCGUGUUCAGCGAGCACCUGUCUUUGCGAAUACAGGUGUGGAUUACGCUGGUCCCUUCUUGAUUAAGUCUUCCACAACUCGCAAGCCACAAAUUACGAAGGCCUACGUCUGCUUGUUCGUAUGCUUGCAAACUCGAGCCGUACACGUGGAAUUGGUCUCGGACUUGACGACGGAUGCCUUCCUUGCAAGCUUGCGACGAUUCACCAGCCGUCGCGGAUACCCGAAAACUAUACGUUCUGACAAUGCAACCAACUUUGCAGGGGCCAAAACGGAGUUGCAUGAGCUUUGGCGUAUGUUCCAGAACGAAUGCGCCACGAAGAAGAUCACCGAUUAUUGCACUGACAAGGGUAUUGACUGGUCGUUCAUACCACCUCGAAGUCCGCACUUUGGUGGUAUAUGGGAGGCUGGCGUGAAGCAGGUCAAACACCACUUGAAACGAAUUGUUGGUGAAAGAAAACUAACCUACGAGGAGCUCUACACGACGCUGACACAGAUAGAAGCGGUAUUAAACUCUCGACCUUUAAUACCGAGCUCUGAUGAUCCGUCCGAUUACACUGCAAUCACCCCAGCACAUUUCCUGAUAGGGAGGGAAUUGCAAACUAUUCCUGAACCUGACUAUUCUAUCCUUAAAGAAAACCGUCUCUCACGAUGGCAGUUGGUGCAGUCUAUGCUGCAACACUUCUGGAGACGGUGGACUGCAGAGUAUCUGCCGGAGCUGCAGAAUCGUUCGAAAUGGUUGAAGCGAAAGGAGAUCAAGGUGGGAUCUCUUGUGCUGCUGAUAGACCAGAAUACACCACCUCUGCAGUGGCCUCUUGGAAGAAUAGCGGCUGUACACCCCGGAGAUGACGGUGCAACGCGCGUCGUUACUGUUAGAAUGUCGAAUGGAGCGGAGUUCAAACGUGCGGUAACCGAAGUCUGUUUGUUGCCGUUAGACGAAGAUGAAGAUUGA